CAUCCAGCCAGCCCAGUCCAGAGAGCUGCACUAGUCCUGAGACCUCACCUCAGAGAAGUAGUCCAGCCACAACCACACACUCGCACACACUCAACCACACACUCAACCACACACCCUGAAAGAGCUCCAGGAUCUUCUGCAAGGGCCAGUCGGUUUUGCCCUCCUACUUAUUGAGCAGCCAUCCUACACCUGCUUAUCUCGUUACUUUCCGCCUUUCGCAAGACUUCCUUCCUGAGGGCUCCUGCAGACCACGAUUUGGGAACCAGGAGCGUGUACGUCAGAGGUGCUGCAGUAUUGGAGAUCCUGAGCCGGGCAGACGCUGUUGAUGAUGAUGAUGAUGAUGAUGGGUCGCUCAAACAGCACCCUGGGGUCCCUCUUCCUCCUUGCGGUCAUCGUCGUCGGGAUAUGUUCGGCGGGAGCGCCCAUCAGGAGUAGAGUGAGACGGCAGAACAUGAAGGUGCGUAUCAACGCCACGGGGGACACCAUCAUCAUGAAGUUCCUGCGGCCCAACGCUGACACCAAGCUGGAGGGUUACAUCCUGGGCUACGGCGGCAGCAUGUUCUCCAAGCAGUUCAUCCAGCUGCCGGAGAACGGACAGCCGUACGAGACGGAGAUGGAUGCUGAGCCCAAGUACCUCAUCGCUGUCCAGCCUAUUCCACUCAAUGACGUGAAGAAACAGUGCACAGGCAAGGUACAAGUGGAGAAGCCACUGCAUCUGGUCAUUGGCUCAGUGACCCCAACGUCAGUGCUCCUGUCCUGGGGAACUCUGCUGAAGACCCCCUACGAGGGCAACAUCAUGAAUGACUGUCUGGAAGAGGGGCAUUACACGGUGCGUUAUCGUGAGAGACACAGGAAGUGGAACUACCAAACCUGCCCCACCAGCGACACAGUCAUCGAUAACCUCAAACCCAACACAGCCUAUGAGUUUGGUGUGCAACCCAAUGGGCCCGAUCGGCCCGGAACGUGGAGCAAGCCAGUCAUCCACAACACCAACAUUGGAGACAAACCUAUCCAGAAACCCUACAAACCCCGUCAAGUGAAGCCUACGCAGAAACCUUUCGCCGGAGGCCCACGCGCCUUCCCCUUCCCGCCUCGCCCUGUUCUUCAUAACAGGACCCAGGGCAGGCUGCCUGUCCCCCGGAAAUUAGGCCCAAAAGCAACCCUUGCUCCGACCCACGCCACUAGACAGAAUUCUCUGUCUAACCCCGGAACCACAAACCCUCUGCUCAAACUGCUCAUGGGUACCGGCUUCAAGAAACCCUCAACUGGCGCCGUACCUCGCACCACCACCACCACCACCUCCACCACCACUACCACCACCUCUGCCCCCACCACCACCUCCACCACCACCUUCACCACCACCACCACCGCCGCCACCACCACCAAAAGCCCUACCACGCGUGUCACCCCGGCAGCCCGAAACACCGGCCAGUCUCGUGGCAGGGUGGCAGCUAACCCCGCCUCCCCUCUAGAUCCCCGCAGGCCAACCAGGGUGUCCAACUCCACCCACCGCUUCAACGUGCCCGGGGCCUCCGGGGAGCGUCACAAGGGCCAUGCUAUCCCCAAGCCCUUGCUGUGGCCCAGAGAUAAACUGGGCUCCCCUCCGAUUCUGCACCCCUCUCUUCCUGUCAGCAAGAGACCAAACCUGGUGGGGAAACCCAGUGACCACCAUGAUAAACCCAUGGAUCUCAAGCAGGGCGAGAAGGAGUCCAUCCUAAAGCAUUUCCCCCUGGUGACGGCCAAGCCCAAACAAGAGCGCAAAACCACAACCACCUCUUCUCCAGCAUCUAAUGUCACCCGGUUUGAUAUCUCAGAGAACUCCACCAUAUUCCGCUCCCAGCCUGCGUCGGACGUCGACGCCAUGGGCAAGAAGCGCUUCGUGGCCCCCCAUGUGGUCUACAAGACGGACAAGAAGCCGGACGAGCCCUGCUCUAUCACCAACUCCCUCACCUUCUUCCCCGACGAGGAAGCGGGCGAGCAGAACGCCACGGCGGCCCCCCGCCUGCCCCCCACCAACCUCACGGUGGUGACGGUGGAGGGCUGCCCGUCCUUUGUCAUCCUCGACUGGGAGAAGUCGGACAACGCAACCAGGGAGUACAAGGUGAUCUCCACGACUAAAGGUCCCCAUGGGGAAGAGGUGUCCAUACUGACGACCAACCAGACACACACGGCCGUGGAGAACCUCAAGCCGGAGAGCAGUUAUGAAUUCACCGUGUUGCCAAAUAAUGAGCAUGGAUCUGGACCGCCCAGUGAGCCUCUUCGUUUUGAAACAGAGUCAGCCGACCCCAGGGUCAGCGAGAACGUCUCAGGGAAAGACGCCAUCUGGACUCAGUUCCCGUUCAAAGCCGACGCAUACUCAGAGUGCAAUGGAAAACAGUACGUGAAGAGGACCUGGUACCGCAAGUUUGUGGGCAUCCAGCUCUGCAACUCGCUGAGAUAUAAAAUCUACCUGAGCGACUCACUCAAUGGGAAGUUCUACAACAUCGGAGACCAGACUGGACACGGUGAAGACCACUGUCAGUUCGUAGACUCCUUCCUGGAUGGGCGUACCGGCUCACAGCUAAUGGCUGACCAGCUGCCCAGCAAAUCAGGUUUCUACCGAGCCAUGCGCCAGGAACCUGUCCACUUUGGCGAGAUCGGCGGGAACUCUCACUCCACCUACGUAGGGUGGUACGAGUGCGGAACGCCCAUUCCUGGAAAGUGGUAAAUUCAACGCAAGGGGGACACCUUUAAUUUCUCCUGAAAGCUACCUGGAAGUUAGGAUCACAUCACCGACAGAGAGAGGGAAGAGGGAAGGGGGGGGGGGGGGAUGGAGAAAAAUAACAAAAGAGUGGCUUUAGUCAACGCACCGGUUCACACAGAGGGUGGUGGGCCGCGCUUUCUGGUUGCCAUGGACACCCCGGCUAUUGUUGGUUGCGUCUGCUUAAAGCGGAGCCACUCUCCGGUGUGUUGACGUGUACAGGAACAUUCAGUGUGGCGGGAGUCUGUCUGGUCCGCACGGCCCUUCAUUUCACUAUUUAUCAAACAUGAUGUCAGGCUAUGAGAGGAAACUUCUAGAGUUUCCAAGUGAAUAUUAAAAUAUGAUCUGAGAGAGAAUGUUGGGAAGCUGGCUCCCAUAAUGUAGUUUGUAUAAUAUAAUUUAUCAAAUAAUUAACGUUAAGUGUAUCAUCGUGCUGCCUUUUGAGACGAGACAAACAAAAAACUGUUCAGCCGUACAUGCAUGACAUUUUUGUACACACACAAAAAUGUUGUCAUUGAUUGAUGUGCAUUUAAAGAGAACCUAAUGUACUCAGGCCUGUAUUAUAUUCCACAAAACCUUCUGCUGGCCCUAAGGGAGUAUUAGCAUUUGCAGUUUGCACUGUUGUUCAUUUGUGUAUAUGGUGAAGUAAUGGCAGUGUUCAGAAUCAAGUGUGAAUUUCAGGUCUUCCAUGUCCUUGCUGCAAACAAAUUGUAUUAAUUUUAAGAAACGAUGUUCCGUGGGGUCCAAAUACAAUGUAUUUUUUUAAGUUUUCUACCAAUGUACGCAACCAAUAUUACAUUAUUUGUUUGUACCAUUUAAUGAUUUGAAAUAGUGUACAUACAUCUUUGGAUUGAGGGGUAUUAAAAUAAAUUGUUUUGCCUACAAUAAUAACAAAUCUGUUUGUGGAAUUUGUUUUUUCUUACGUUCAUUACAAAAAAUAAAAAGAUAU